AAGAUACUUUAGAGAUUGACAUUAUUGUAUAUAAAGGAGAGGUAGGAAGCCUAUUUUCAUAUCAUCAAGUUAAAAACACUAGCUAGCUUUUAUACAUCAAAGCAUUAUAUUUGUUUAUCAAGAUGUCUAAAAUUACUGUUGUAGCAAAAGAUGGGAUGACAAACUUAAUCCGUUCGAUUGCAGCAGAAACGCAUGAAGCUGGGCAACCAUUUUAUGUACUGGAUUUAGCGAUAAUUGAGAGGCUUAUGGACAAAUGGAACCAUUCUUUUCCAAAUGUAAAACCUUUUUAUGCUGUCAAAUGCAACACUGAACCAGCACUUGUUACUAAACUAGCCAAUUUGGGUGCUAAUUUUGAUUGUGCUAGCUUACUCGAGAUUGACACCGUCUUAAAUCUCGGAAUAAGCCCAAAUCAAAUCAUUUUUGCUAACCCUUGCAAGGCUGUUUCCCACAUCAAGCAUGCAGCUGCUGUUGGGGUCAAUCUCACUACUUUUGAUUCUAAGCUCGAAGUUGACAAGAUCAAAAAAUGGCACCCACAGUGCCAUUUACUGCUCCGGAUCAAAGCCCCUAGUGCUAGCGGUUCCUUGCGUCCCCUGGGGAAAAAAUUCGGAGCAUUGCCGGAAGAAAUUGAACCACUCCUGCAUUACGCUUGUAAUGUGGCUGGUUUAAAAGUUGUAGGCGUUACAUUUCACGUUGGAUCUAUAGCACAAGAUCCCACCAUUUAUCGCCAAGCGAUUGCCAAUGCCAGGGCCGUGUUUGAUAUAGCUCAUUAUCUUGGAAUUCCUAAAAUGCAAAUUCUAGACAUUGGUGGUGGAUUUAGAUCUACCCCAUUGUUCGAGGAAAUAGCUACUGUAGUAAACGAAGCAGUCCAAGAAUUUUUCCCCGACCCUAAUUUGAAAAUAAUUGCAGAGCCUGGGCGUUUCUUUCCUGAAACUGCUUUUACUUUGGUUACCCAUGUGAUUGGCAAAAGAGUUAGAGGAGACAAAAUAGAAUAUUGGAUUGAUGAGGGGGUUUAUGGAUCGUUUAGGCCAACACUGUACAACAGUUGCUUUGUGGGCAUCAAACCAAUUUCAACGAAAGAAAGUUGUGAAAUACGCGAGUCGACCAUUUACGGACCAAGUUGUGACUGCCUUGAUAAAGUGGCUGAGGACAUAAAAUUGCCGGAGCUUCAGUUGGAUGAUUUGAUAGUGUUCUAUAACAUGGGUGCAUAUUCAAAAUGUGUUGGAACAAAGUUCAAUGGAUUUGAUAUGUUAUCCACACCUACCUAUCUUGUUACCACCAAUUCUACCUAAAACUUGGAUCAGCUACCUAUGCUGCUUGUUUUCUAUGAUUAAUUUGUUUCCAAUCAUUAAUUUUGUAUGAUUGUGAGAUUAACAUAUCGCUAUUUUAUUAAUUACAAGCUUAAUUUCCCAAAUAA